CAGUGAGAGCAGCACUGAGCGUACCCCACCACAGUAAGUUGACGCAUAUAGGAGUACAACGUGAGCGGAGAAAGGAACGACUUAAACAAUUCUUUAAACGGUCUAUGUCUUGUUUUAGCAACAUUAUGCUGAUAACUUAUCUUUUCUAUAAAGGGUAUUUAUUUACCGGGGCCUUGCGUCCUCGUGCCAUGAACUAAUUUGGAACUCUAUACCAACCCAGUCACAUUGAGGAAGACACGUGUGAGGAAUACGCCACGUUUCCUAAAUCCAUGAGUAACUAGAUGGUGUACUGUUAACUAGCUGAGACAUAAUUGAUUGUCGACGUUUUCAGAAGAAAAUCUUUUUUUUUAUCGUAUACUUUAGGUUACAAUUUUAGUUCUGCGCCGGUACUUAAAAGGGGAACGCAAACUUCCAAGAAAUGUCGGAUGUUGAUCUUGCUGCGGAGUGUCUAGUGUCGAUCUCAAAUAAAUCGGCGACAAGUGAUUGUCCCGAAAAACUGACCAGUGAAGAUGAGGCAUCGAAAGAAAAUCAAGAGAGUCGGACAUUGUUGAUGGUGGCGAUGAUUCUAUUAGACCUGAAACAGUGUGAUAGUCCCUGUGUACGCGGUGGUGGAGGAGGCGUCAACACCAAAUGUUUGGUGGAAAGUGAUGCAGGCAACCAAACCGGCGUGAAGGAAAGCCGGGGCAAAUACGGUGGUAAUGCUUUACCAGAGCGCUGCAGACAGAAUUCUGGAGCGGGAAAGCAAGUACGGAACAGGCAAACCAGGAGAUUGCACGCAUCACCAGAGAAAAGACACUGUUGUCCUUACACAGGGUGUGGGAAAAUGUACGGCAAAUCAUCUCAUCUAAAGGCACACUUCAGAGUACACACUGGUGAGAGGCCCUUCCACUGUUCAUGGCCAAACUGCGCCAAGAAGUUCUCGCGAUCCGACGAAUUGACGCGACAUUUCCGAACGCACACGGGGGAGAAGCGCUUCACGUGUCCGUUGUGUGACAAGUGUUUCAUGCGGAGUGAUCACCUGACCAAACACGCCCGCCGCCACGCCGAUUUUCACCCGAGCAUGCUGCAAAAUCCACUGAGAAGAAGACGGCGCUCUUCAAUAUCCACAUCCUCCAGUGGAUCAGUGGAACAACUUGCCGCCGAUGUUUGAACUCUUCUUUUGUCUGCUCUUUACAAAUUAUUAACAGACACAACCACACACAUUUGCUGCCAGGUUUAUACGGACAAUUUGUAGACCAGUGAGCCAACUAGUCUACCCUACAGAACUGAUAACUGAAGUUAAAAGCAGUUAGCCCGGGAUGUUUGAACGCUUGAAUACUAAACGGUGAACGGUUGAAUUGUGUAUUUGAUAUUUACUGUAGCAACUAUGCUAAAUCGAUUCAUUUUUGACAUUGAUAAAUACUUCAUUCACAGCUUCUAACUUCACUUGCACGAGAAGGUGAUUGUUACAGUGCAGAGGGAAGUAGAAUUUGUGCUAUAGGCUAUCAGCAAGCCUUGUGUAAACAGCAGAUUAAACCAGGGCCCUUCUCUCAUUGACUGUUUUCUAAAGGAAAAGUUCUGAGAAGUCACUUUCACUCGUAGUAACCCCCAUUAGCUGAAUUUCAUUGAGGUGUUUCUUAUAUAAAGGGACUUGUAUGCCGAGAUGUCUGAGUUCGCCACAGCCUGUAUGAAUGUCAUUUUAAAGCUAUUCUUUUUUUAAUCAUUAAUCAUUUAUAUGUAAGGUUUUAAAUGUUGUCUAUUUAUACGACAUUUGCUUUAUAUGAGCAUUUAUUUCGUAAACUUUUAUAAUGAAUAAAUUUAUGCGAUUUGCAAAACACGUGGCUGUGCUUUGGCACAAAACCACAGCUGGCUGGCUUUUCUCACCGUUCCAGGAGCACCACCUGGUGGUUAGUAGAGAAAUUAGAUUAGUAUCACGGUGAAUUUAUUGACCGGAAUUGCAUUGAGCAACAAUUACAGAAACUUUACAAUACUUUAAAAUUUCCGUCAGUAUUAAAUGGAUCAGAAUGUACUAAAUUAUAUAUAUGUUGCUUAUAUCCUUCGCUCUUUUUUUAGAUUUCAUAAUGUAUCUGUAGUUGCAUCUUUUGUUUGUUUGUUUGAAUUCAUGCUUUUGCCUCGCUCAGGAAAGGAUGUGGUCAAGAAAUGAAAGGAAGAUUUCUAAUCUAGUUUAGUUACACAACUGACGAAUAGAUAUACUCAUGGGCCCUGGUCACAUGUUAAUGUUUGUAGCAGCUACAGCAAUUUGAUUGUCGCAUUUUCCGUCAGAAAUCUAAAGUGAUGGUGAUGCAGUCCUUAAGUGUUAGGGAUGAUAAAUCAUAUAUCUGAGAAUGGAUAUGAUAUUACUACUGCUUAAACUGUAAUAUCAAUACAAUCUGUACAAAACUGCCACUGUACAUAUUUAUAUUCAACAUGUGCCUUUUAUUUUUACAUUUCUUUAGGCUCUCCCAUACUAUGAAUGUAUUAUGACAUUAUGAAGCCACUGAAUGGAGCUUGAUACAAAACAGAGAGAGAGAGAAGGAAAGAAAAAAGAAAACCACAAAUAUUUUGUUUGCUUGCAUUUGCACAAUAUUUAUGACACUGUAAAUACCGAAAUCACGUAAUUGUGUCGUGAAUAUUGAAAGCAGCCACUAUUGUAUGUAUGAGACAGGUCCUGUUUAUUAAACACAAAAAAUGAACAUA